CGAGCCGCGACGCCGCCGCCCCGACGGGCUCCGAGGGCACCGAGCCCCCCGCGGCGGGCGAGGAGCGGACGGUGACGGCGCCGCUGGUGGGGGCACCCGGCCCCCCCAAAACGGCCGCCCCGGAACGGGAGACGUGGACCCGGCAGAUGGACUUCAUCAUGUCCUGCGUGGGCUUCGCCGUGGGGCUGGGCAACGUGUGGCGCUUCCCCUACCUGUGCUACAAGAACGGCGGAGGCGUCUUCCUCAUCCCCUAUCUGCUCAUCGUCUUCGUGGGCGGCAUCCCCGUCUUCUUCCUGGAGGUGGCCCUGGGGCAGUUCAUGAAGCAGGGGGGCAUCGCAGCAUGGAAUAUCGCUCCGCUCUUCAAAGGUCUAGGCUUGGCCUCCAUGGUGAUCGUCUUCUUCUGUAACUCCUACUACAUCAUGAUCCUGGUGUGGGGGCUCUUCUACCUGGUGCACUCGCUAACCGACACUCUGCCCUGGGCCACCUGCGGCCACGCAUGGAACACUGAGCGGUGCGCAGAGUUCUUUCACCUGGAGCUGUGCCGCAACGCCAGUGCCAACGCCAGCGCCGCCGUCACCGCCCUCAACGUCAGCUGCGUCGACAUGGCCGACAAGCGCUCACCUGUCAUCGAGUUCUGGGAGAACAAAGUGCUGCGGCUGUCGGGGGACCUGAGCGAGCCCGGGGAGAUGAACUGGCAGAUGAUCCUGUGCCUGGUCACCACCUGGAUCAUCGUCUACUUCUGCAUCUGGAAGGGCGUCAAGUCAACCGGGAAGAUUGUCUACUUCACGGCGCUGUUCCCUUACGUGGUCCUCAUCCUGCUGCUGGUGCACGGCGUGACGCUGCCCGGCGCGCUGGGCGGCAUCAUCUACUACCUGAAGCCCGACUGGUCCAAGCUGGCCGAGGCGCAGGUCUGGAUCGACGCCGGCACUCAGAUCUUCUUCUCUUACGCCAUUGGGUUGGGCGCGCUGACGGCGCUGGGCAGCUACAACCGCUUCCACAACAACUGCUACAGGGACGCCUACAUCCUGGCCGUCAUCAACAGCUCCACCAGCUUCUUCGCCGGCUUCGUCGUGUUCUCCGUGCUGGGCUUCAUGGCCUCGGAGCAGGGCGUAGAUAUCUCCAAAGUGGCCGAAUCAGGCCCUGGGUUGGCCUUCAUCGCCUACCCCAAAGCCGUGACGCUGAUGCCCCUGUCCCCGCUGUGGGCCACGCUCUUCUUCUUCAUGCUCCUGGUGCUGGGGCUGGACAGCCAGUUUGUCGGUGUGGAGGGUUUCAUCACGGGCAUCCUGGACCUGUUCCCCCAGCCGGGGGCCGGCUCACUGCGCCGCGAACUCACCGCCGCGCUCUGCUGCCUCGUCUGCUGCCUCAUCGACCUCUCCAUGGUGACACAGGGCGGCAUGUACGUGUUCCAGCUGUUUGACAACUACUCGGCCAGCGGGAUCACGCUGCUGUGGCAGGCCUUCUGGGAGUGCGUGGUCAUCGCCUGGGUGUACGGCGCUGACCGCUUCAUGGACGACGUGGCCCGCAUGAUCGGCUACCGGCCGCUGCCCUUCAUGAAGUGGUGCUGGGCCGUGGUGACGCCGCUGGUCUGCGUGGGCAUCUUCUUGUUCCACGUGGUGAACUACAAACCGCUGACGUACAACAAGACCUACGUGUACCCGUGGUGGGGCGAUGCCAUCGGCUGGGUCCUGGCGCUCUCCUCCAUGCUCUGCAUCCCCUGCACCGUCAUCUACAAGCUCCUGCGCUGCAAAGGCUCCUUCCGCGAGCGCUGGCAGCUGCUGACCACGCCAAUCUGGGGCCACCACCACCUGGAGUACCUGACGCCCGAGGCCGAAGCCAAACUACUGGCCCCGGAGCCCCCCAAGGAGAAGACGACGCUCUUCGAGACUGUGAUCUGAGCGUGGGGAGGGUCGCGCUGCUCCCGCCCGCCAUAGCAAUAAUGCCAGCACCGCCUCCCACCCACGCAGCCCCGCGCCCGGGCCCCCCCCACCACGCUGCCCCAGCCUCGAUGCAGGGAGCAGGGAGUGGUGGGAACCGCUCGGGGACACGGGGACGGGGCGGCCAUGGGGGUCCCCAGCGCUGGGAGGGGGGUGUGGGAUAUGGGGAGCGGGUGGUGGGAGGGGGGGAAGCGAGUAGGACAGCCCCUCCCCGGCCUCCGUCCCUGUGCCCCGCUGCCCCUCCAGCCCGGCCGCCCCGGCCGGUGGCACCUCGCUCACUAACCGCUUCUGUAGCGUUUGUCUGGUGUAACCCCAACCGCCCCGACAUCUGGCAAUAAACUGGGAGACCCUGGCACA